AUGUCGACCCCACCCGCUUGUCCUGCUUUGCCUGGCACCAUCCACAUAUCCGAGAAGGCUUACCAAUAUCCACACCUGGACCCUUCUCGCCGAGAGAUACGGCUACUUUCGCUCCUUCCCGGCCAGCUUUCCGACGAAAUCGUUUGCGAACUGGCUGUAUUUUCGCUGUUCGAGGAGCCCAAGUACGAAGCACUGUCGUACGUUUGGGGAGACCCAUCCAACCCCCACCACGUCACCCUCAACGAUGCCGAUUUCUCCGUCACAGCCAACCUCUACACAGCGCUCCAGUUUCUCCGCAAGCCCGACGCGGCGCGGACCUUGUGGAUCGACGCGCUUUGCAUCAAUCAGGAAUGCGUCCCGGAACGAGAAUACCAGGUCGGACUCAUGAGGUCCAUAUUCUCAGGUGCUGAGAUCGUGCUCGCUUGGCUGGGACAUCCGAGCGUCGACGGCAUCGUCAACCCGACCGGACACGCCAUCGAGGUUGGCGAUGCGUUAGACAUAGCCACCCGUGAAGGGUCGAGCCUGGAUGCAGGAUCUACGGAUCCUUAUUCACUGCACAGCCGCUUCAGUGGGCCCAAGAGAUCGGCAGUAGAGAAAAUUCUGGCAUGCUUCGCCUUUCUCCGCUUAAUGAAAGAGGGAUGUCGGCAUCCGGCUGAUCUUCCAUUCUUCGAGUCGGCGGACAGAAGAAAUCCCCAGAAGAUCAGAGUAGACCGCCGGCUGGAAGGUGCGUUCGACGCAUUCCGGACUAUCGUGGAAAGCGCAUGGUGGGACCGGAUGUGGACUGUCCAAGAAGCAAUGGUCGCCAAGAAGAUGUGGUUGAUCCAUUUCCACCUGAUAAUACCCUUCGACAACCUUCUUAGCCAGGUGAAUAUUCUGAACAAUCAUGGUUUAACUUGCUGUUCACCUCAGCUUAAUAGUCUUCCACGGCACCAGUUCUACGUGUUCUGGAGACUGUUGACCAAAGUUAUGCAGCUCAAGCGGGAAUGGCUGGGAACACUGUGGGAAUCGCUCACCCGGCCGAGUCUCGCCAAUCUCCUCAAGAAGUUCCGUCUUCGGGGGGCGACAGACCCACGAGAUAAGAUAAAUGCGCUCCUUGGGCUGAGCAUAUGGAAUCAAGCUCAACCCAUAACACCCAGCUACUCCAUCGGCUUCGCACAGACCUACAUCAACGCGACGAUGAAGUUGAUUGAAGAAGAAAAGUCUCUCGAUGUCCUCGAAGGCCAUUCUCUCCAUUCGCAGUAUCAAGGGCUACCAUCCUGGGUUCCAGACUGGACGCGACCGGAUAGGAAUCACCUUGAUAUGCACACCUAUCUGUACAACGCCGGGGAUAGCCUGUCCAAAGCCGAGCUUUGCUGCGACUCGAUCCUCAUGGUCCGUGGGGUUGAAUUCGACACAAUCACAUCUGUGGGAGAAUCUUGCGAACGCGAUAACGAGGAGCUGGUUUGGCCUGUCAUCAGGGGGUGGGCAAGGAUGCUUGUCGGCGACCCUUUCGCUCGUGAAACUUACUCCACCGGCCAAUCUCAAUCAGAUGCCUUCAAAAGCACCAUGAGCGGUGAUGUGGUCCGUCGAACCGCCAGUGAGGAUGAUGACCCGCCUUACGACUACGCCAGAGCUGGGGACACUUUCGACAGAAGAUUACGUGGUCAGGAGGAUGAGGGCGAUGAUGACUUUUGCUGGUACUACGACCCAACAGAUGAGUCGAAAGCGGAGUGGAUGCAGCACGUCUUCGAUGUAGUUAUACCGAAAGUUGUUCAAACCCGGUUUUUUCUUACCAAGCAUGGAUUCAUGGGCAUUGGACCGUCGGAAACCGCUGUCAAGGACAAGGUGUUCGUCCUACGUGGUGGGAGUAUUCCAUUCAUUCUACGCCAUAGCGACGAUCAGGAGCACGGGCAAAAGGACUGCUACCAUCCACCUGAACUCUGUUUUCAAUUGGUCGGGCGAAGCUAUGUUCACGGAAUUAUGGAUGGUCAAGCCCUGAAGGAUGACAAGAAGGUAGAGCAAGAUGUGCAUUUAUUUUCAGGGUAUCAAGAGUCCUGGUUUAAUUAG